AUGCCGGCCGGCGGGGGGCGCGGGCCCAUGCCGGAGGGCGCCGAAGCCCCCGCCCCUGGGACUGCCUGCCGCAUCUGCCUGUCGGGCCCCGGGGGCGAGGGCGUGUGCAGUCCGUGCCCCUGCCGCGGCAGCCUCCGCUGGGUCCACCUCUCCUGCCUGCGCACCGAGUUCCUCGCCCGCCAGCAGUGGACGCAGCUGACCUGCUCCAUCUGCAAGAACGAGUUCUCCGGGGAGCCGGCGCUGCUGCUGGCGGCGCUGGCGCUGCAGAGCGCGGAGGCCGCCUGGGGCUCCGAGAGCGUAGGCACGCUCGUCUGCGCUGACCACCUGGGCCGUCUGCUCAGCAACGCGGGGGAGCUGGCGGAGGCAGAGCCCCACCUCCGCAGGGCGCUCGCCGGCCUGGAGCUCGCGCUCGGGCCGGAGGACCCGGAGGUGCUGAUCGCGGCGUCCAACAUGGGCAUGCUGCUGAAGUGCCAGGGGCGCGUCGAGGAGGCCGAGCCGCUGGCGCGCCGCGCGUGGCGCGGCAGCUGCGCGGUGCGGGGCGAGGAGCACCCGGAGACGCUCGUGUUCGGCAUGAACCUGGCGGCGGCGCUGCGGGAGCUGGGAAAGGCAGAGGAGGCGGAGCCGCUGCUGCGGCAGGCUUUGGCCGGCCUCGGCAAGGAGCGCGGCGACCAGCACCCCGACGCACUGGCGGCGGCCGCCUCGGAUGGCCAGCAGCCGGCCCCUCCGGCGGCCUCCCCCAUCCCAGUGGUUGCAGCCUGGUAUCCCUGUCGUGCAUUGGUCGGCUACUUCGGCUACUGGUUCAUGGGCCUCAAGUUCCUGUUCCUGGAGCUUUGA